AACGGGAAUCUGCUUCCCAUCUGGAUAACUUCCCGACCUGCAGCAGCCAAUCAGAUCCCUCCUACAUGUGUUGACAGGGUAACAGAAGUACGAGGCUUCACUGAUGCCCAGAAGGAGGAUUACUUCAGGAGGAGAUUCAGUGAUGAAGAGCUGUCCCGCAGAAUCAUCUCCCACAUGAACACAUCCAAGAGCCUCCACAUCAUGUGUAGAAUCCGUUUUCUGCUGGAUCACUGCUACAGUUCUGGAGCACAUGUUGACUACAGAAGAGAGAGGAGAGCUGCCCAAGACCCUGACUGACAUGUACUUACAUUUCCUACUAAUUCAACCAAAAAAGUACGAGUAUCAUGAGGGACAUAAAACACGUCCACAGAAACUGAUGGAGACUGAUAAGCAAGACAUUCUGAAGCUGGGAAGCCUGGCAUUUGAACAUCUAGAGAAAGGAAACAUUGUGUUUUACCGAGAAGACAUGGAGCAACAUGGUAUCAAUGGUGCAGGGGUCUCUUUGUACUCAAGAGUUUGUACAAAUGUCUUCAAAAGAGAAUGUGGUAUCUUCCAGAAACCAGUCUACUUCUUUGUUCAUCUGAGCUUUCAGGAGUUUCUUGCUGCAGUCUACAUGUUUCACUGUUACACCAACCAGAAGACAGAAGUGCUUCAGAAGUUCCUGAGAAAUGGUCUUUGUAUUUAUCCUGAAUCUUUAGUAUCUUAUUCAUCAUCAUCCACAGAUAUAUCCUUUCUGGAUAAAUUUUUGUGGAGAGUCAUGCAGAAAUCCCUCGAAAGUAAAAACGGCCACCUGGACCUGUUUGUCCGCUUCCUUCAUGGUCUCUCUCUGGAGUCCAACCAGAGACUCUUAGGAGAUUUGCUUUGUCAGACAGAGACAAAUCCGCAAAUAAAUGACAGACUCAUAGACCUUUUCAAUUCAGAGACUUCAAUUCAAAAAAUGACACUAAACAGCUAUAGAAACUUCAGAGGCCUGUGGGGUCAAACAGAGGAAAGACCCAGAGCAUUAUCAAUCACCCAGCGAGUCAUCAACAAUGUGACGACAAUGAACAUUUACAACAUGUCUCCGGACACAAGCAUCAACAUCUUCUAUUGUCUGUUGGAGAUGAAUGACCGCACAUUGCAUCAGGAAAUCCAAGAGUUCCUGAGGUCAAAGAACAGAUUAGGGAGAGCCCUCUCUGAGUCCCAGUGCACUUUUCUGGUCUUCAUGCUGCAAACAUUUGAAGAGGUUCUGGAUGAGUUGGAUCUGUGGAAGUUUAACACAACAUUGGUGGGAAAAUGGAAAUUGAUUCCAGCUGUGAGGAACUGCAGAAAGGCUCGACUUUCUGGAUGUCAACUGUCACUGGCUCACUAUGAAACCAUAGCCUCAGCUCUAAAGGCCAAGAACUCCCAUCUGACAGAGCUGGACCUGAGCUUGAAUGUGAUGCAGGAUUCAGGAGUGGAUCUGCUGUCUGCUGCAUUGAAGAGCCCAAAUUGUAGACUGGAAACUCUGAGAUUGUAUGGCUGCAAACUGUCAGAGACCAGGUGUGCUACACUUGUCUCAGCUCUGAAGUCUAACUGCUUCCAUGUGAAAAACCUCGACCUGAGUAUCAACAGCUUGAUGGAUUCAGGAGCAGAACAACUGUCUGACCUUGUGAGGAGCCCACACUGUAGACUCGACACUCUGAGAUUGGAGGAAUGCAGUUUGUCAGAGUACAGCUUUGUCUCUCUGGGCUCAGCGCUGAGGUCCAACCCCUCCUAUCUGAAACAUUUGAACCUGAAUGACAACAACCUGCAGGACUCAGGAGUGAAGCAGCUCUGUGGUUUUUUGGAGAAUCCACUUUGUACACCGGAAACUCUGAGAUUGAGGAGCUGCGAUUUGUCAGAGAUCAGCUGUUCUUCAUUGGUCUCUGUUCUGAAGUCCAACCCCACUCAUCUUAAAUAUCUGGAGCUGAGUAACAACAACCUGAAGGAUUCUGGAGUGAAGCAACUGUGUGGUUUUCUGGAAAGUUCAGACUGCAGACUGGAACAUCUCAGAUUAGGGUGGUGCAGUUUGUCUGGGAUGAGCUCUGCUCUUCUUGGCUCAGCCCUCAAGUCCAACCCCUCUUAUCUGAAGCAUCUACACCUUAGUGGCAAUGAACUCAAGGAUUCAGACGUGGAGCUGCUGUUGGAUCUAGCCAAGAGUCCACACUGCAGACUGGAGUAUCUAAGCUGGAAGUAAAGGGUGGAGCCUUGAGAAAGGAUGAUCUGUGUCCCGAUCUCCAGAGAUGUUGAAACAGCAGCAUCAGCCACAAUCCCCGUGUGUACCUCUGGAUCUGACUGAGGCUCAUCAGUGUAUCUGCACUGCUCUGCUGCUGCUGUCCUUUUACAGUCUCUGCAGACACAUUCACACUCCUCCUUGACCUGCAUUUUAUUUCAUGUUUUUAUUUAUUUACAUAUUCUUAAGCCAGAAUUUUUUCUGUUUAUGACACAAGUCCGAGAAUCAUAUAAGUGGCACACAGAGUACUUCAGUGACUUUGAACUAGUGUAAAGUCUGUGGCUAUCACUGUUUUCGUCUUCUUCUUCUUCUUCUUCUUCUUUAUCAUGAUACCUGAUCACAGUGUUGGGUGUCACUACUUCAACAGUAAAACUAAUCUCUGUAAUCAGAUUACAUUUUUCACUAACACAGUAAUGGACCAUAGUGUAAUACUAAAUUAAUUAAUUGCAUUAUAGUUACUUAUAUUAUCUGUGUUAUAAAAGGUUGUUCAGUUGUCUGCAUGCCAGUCACACUGAAGUCUCAUUAGGCUGGUUUUCAGCUGCUUUCUCUUCCCGUUGCCUUUUUUGUUUGUUUGUUUGUUUGUUUGUUACCAACACACAACCACCCAUAUCUUAAUCAAUACAUUUUCUUUUGUAUCUUAAUGUUUUGUUGGUCAGUUUUCGUAAUAUAUAUUCAAUAUAUUAUGCCAAUAAAGGUUAUUGGUAAUUGUAAUCAUUAGAGAUGUCUCCGUUUUAUAUGUGAAACAUCCAUGCACACAAUAAUGAUAACAGUCACUACUGCAAACCUUGACGGCUAAUGUACAAAAAACGAUUAA